UUUUUUCUUUUCAUUUCUCCUGACAGUUGUGUGGCAGGAUUUUUCGGUGCGGGCUGAGGGCGCGCGGGCGGUCGUGGGCGGUUCGGCGCUACUCCACUGCCUCGUGCCCUCCCACCUAGCCGCCCACGUCACGCCCACGGCCUGGGAGACGCCCACACACACCAUCUAUCCUUCACUUUCGGCGGAAGGCAGGUACCAGAUGGUGGGUUCCACGGGUGACCUCCUCGUGACCUCUGUGACCCGCGAGGAUGCAUUCACCUCCUUCAACUGCCGCGUCAGGGAUCAGCUGGGAGGGCGUGAACUUUCCUCUCGUUCUCCGGCCAAGAUUACAGUUCACGAACCCGGCGAGGUGUCCCGGCCCGUGAUUCAGGAGAAGCGGAGAUCAGUCACCGUAUCUGAGGGCGGGACUGUGGUGCUGCCUUGCGUCGCCGCUGGCACGCCCACGCCGACGGUCAGGUAAGGGCGCCGGCUCGUGUAUUUUUGGUGAUAUUCUGGGUGUGUUUAGGUGAGUGAGGGAGAGAGGGAGGGAAGGAGGGAGGUAGAGAGAGAGAGAGAGAGAGAGAUAGAGA